AAUUCGUAACAUGUGGUGGCGCUCGAAAUUCUCUGUCAGAAUUGAAUGCAUCCAAAAGUAAUCUGAAUAUCUCGUUCAAGUUACAUGCAUGCGUGUUUGCUUGUAACUUACGAAGAGACAUCAUGCUGCACCUACCUAAAUAACGUUUCUGGUGCCAGGUGCCUAGAAAGCAGCUGGCAAGAUGGGCAAAUUGUUGUCAAAAAUCUUUGGCAACAAGGAGAUGCGAAUUCUUAUGCUAGGAUUGGAUGCUGCUGGUAAAACUACAAUACUAUAUAAACUUAAAUUAGGGCAAUCUGUAACUACUAUACCAACUGUAGGAUUCAAUGUAGAAACAGUUACCUAUAAAAAUGUUAAGUUCAAUGUUUGGGAUGUAGGUGGACAAGACAAAAUACGUCCACUUUGGCGUCAUUAUUAUACUGGAACGCAAGGUCUUAUUUUUGUAGUAGAUUGCGCCGAUAGAGAUCGAAUCGAUGAAGCGCGUCAAGAACUUCAUCGAAUUAUAAACGAUAGAGAAAUGCGAGAUGCUAUUAUUUUAAUUUUUGCAAAUAAACAAGAUCUUCCAGAUGCAAUGAAACCACACGAGAUACAGGAAAAGCUGGGUUUAACUAGGAUACGAGACAGGAAUUGGUAUGUUCAACCAUCAUGUGCCACAACUGGAGAUGGGCUUUACGAAGGCCUUACUUGGUUGACCAGUAAUCAUAAAUUAUGAGCAAAUAUUUAUUUUUCAUCAAUUAACUACAUACCAGGAAUGUACGUUUGCUUUGUAUUUUUACUUUUAUUUAUCAUGUAGAGGCUCUAUAAUGCAACUGAUAAUGAUCUGUGAUCAAUAGGAGAAACGAUCACUUUAAGUAUAUAACAGAAAAUGUAAAACAACCAUUAAUAUUGGAUGGUGCAUUCCAGUACUAGGAGUAAUAAUACAAAUAGAAAUUUAUCAAAGUACCAAAUGGUAUAAACUUUGUUAUUAACUGUUUAUUAAAGUUCGUGGAAAUAGUUAAUGCAAUAUUAUUAAUUAAUAUUAUCACGUUCAGCAUUUCAUUAUAAUUUAUAUGUAUAUACAUAUAUAUAUACAUACUUGCUCGUAUCGCGGUAUGGAGCAAUUAUAAAAAAUUAUGGUGAACCACUUGUGGUAUCAAGGGAUGCAUUAAACAAAAGAGAAAUAAUGAUCUUUGCAGUUUAAAACUUCUCAUUUAUAUUAUAAUUCGUUUAAAGUAAAUAUGCCCAAAGGGUGGACACAAUUUGAUUCUUCACUGGUUGUUGUCAGUGCUAUAUAAUAUGUAUUACAUAAUAUUCAUACAUAUAAUCCCGUUGAUAUAUGUGAGUAAACAUUCAAAGCACUUACAUUAGUGGCUUUAUAUAGCACCAAAAUAUUAUUCAUUGACAAAUCUUUCUUACAAACUUUGUUCUUUACAUGUAUUAACAGUUUCAUUUGUCCUUUUUUAACAAUUGUCUUCCAAUUGGAUAACUUUUUUUAAAUGUAUAUCAACCGGUCCGUUUUCGGAAAGCUUUUGAUAGUUCGAUAUGCAUUUUUUAUCUUUAAUUUUCAAUAAAAUUUAAUGAAAAUAUUUAACGUAUAAGGGUACACUUAUACAUACAAAUCGGGUUGUUCAGUACGCACAAAUGGUAAGCCAUGGGGUUCAAUAAAUACCAGCUCAAAAAGAAACAAAAUAAAAAAGAAAAAAAAAAAGAAACGUGAAAACAGGAACAAUGUUACUAUUAACGUAACUACAUUAAAUCUGCCAAUGUUUUUUACACGUUAAGCGAUUGAAUAACGCAAAACUAGGAUUAGGUCAGAAGGAAAAGAGUCAGACAAUGUUUUAUUCGCAUUUUAUAUCACUUUGUUUAUUUAUUUUUUUCCUUUUCUUUUCUUUUCUUUUCUUUUCUUUUCUUUUAAUACAUAAAACAAUGUGUAGAAUAAGAGUGGAAAACAUAUUUAUCAAUAUUCGCAAUUAUUGAUUAAAGAAACAAAAUUAAAUCAUCACUGAAUUUCUUGUUUUGUACAAGUUUUGUACUUGCAUAGUAUUAAAACAGAGUAAUACCGAUGUGUUACUCCUUUCACUCUGUUUCUAUAUUAAUGUUGUAUUUGCAUUCCACAUUUACAUUAAGAUACUAGAAUUUUAACAAAUUGUACUACUUUACAUAAAACGAACAAUGAUGAUUAUUACAAAUAUAAGUUCGUCAGAUUCUUUUUCUCGGCAUCCGUACCAUUAACGUUAAGUAUCGUAUUUGAUGAAAUAUAAUGUGCAAAGUAAUUAACUGAUAUUUAAAAGCCAUAAACAGGCUUUGGAAAGAGAUUAAUGUAUUUUUAGUUUAAUGUGUUUUCUAGUAUUAAACAGUGCUCUAUGGUUACAUGUAUUUAUACUAUAUAUUAUUAACUUUUGUGCUCAUAUAAAAUUGUUAUAACGUUGUGUCAUGUUUGUUUUCUUCAGAUUAAAAACAGAAGAAAUACAAAAUAAUUAUAAUAUACAAAUAUUAUAGUUUUACUGGAGAACUUAUUAUUGUUUAAAGAAAAAUGUAUUUUGAUAUUAAUAAUCAAGUAAAUUUUGGCAAUAAGCUUUAUUUAAACUCAGAAACUAAUACUCCGUGAUAUAAGGUUCAUUAAUAGUAAAUAAAUAUAUAACUAAUGAAAAUCUAGUUUUCAUCAUAGAUGUUAUCCAAUUGAAAUAAUUAAAUUGUCUUUAUAAUUAUCGUAGAGAGGCAUUGUAAUACAUAAGAAACAUUUUAUAACCGUAGAGUACAAAUUUCUUUGAGAAAUAUCCAAAGCCUGAAGUAAAGUGAAUCCUACAAACAAACGAUGAAUAAUUUGAAGUAGAUAUUUUUAGUAAUGUUUUCAAUAAAAAGACAGAAAGGUGAAUUUCAUUUAAUAGCAACAUAUUUAUUCAUUCUCUGCUCAGUAUGAAUCAAUGAAGAACAUGUACAGUAUAAGAAUUCGAUUUUGCUUAAAAAGAUCACAUCUCAACCAUAAUAUCAGCAAUUAACAUUUUUCAGCUAAAUUUAUUGUCAAAAUAAGAAUUUAGUAUUGUUCAAUUGUUCAUAGACAUAUAUCCUCUAUAUUUUCCAACAAUUUGUUUUAACAGGGGCCAUUCAAAAUGCAGGGCUCGAUAUAAAACGCUUUGGAGUAAAGAAGAAAAUCGGUUACUUCAAUACAAUUAUCAGCGUUUCUUAACAUCUUAGUACUCCAUAGAUUGAUAUUCGUUUUAUAUAAUUAACAAAAAAUUAUUCAAAAAUCGUGUUUCAUAUGUCUUUUACAAAAAGAAUACGUAGAUUUAGGAGGUGCGACUGUCCUUAUAUUAGCCCAAUUUCAGGAUUAAGAAACGCUGACUUACACUACUAGCCAGAGAGUUCUUAACGCACCUACCUGAAGGAAUUAUUCUACUUUUUAUAAAAGAAUUUUCAAAUUUUUGUUAUUUUUUUUUUUUUUUUAUUUUAUAAAAUUCGCUUGAAAUGGAUUA